GAUCCGACAAUCAACAAUCGUUAAAUCGCCUCUGUACCGUGUAUACACAACCGACAACAAUAAAACAAACAAUUUUUCAGAAAGAAAAUUAUCCGCCGAAUUUUCCACAAAUUUUAGAUUGAAAGCAUUUGUGAUUGUGUUCUUGUUUUUGUCGAUCAUUUGUGCUAUUAAACAAUUAUAUAAGAUGAAAUUCGUUAUACUUGCCAUUUUUGCCGUCAUUACAAUUGCUAAUGCACAAAUCCGGCCACUUUUACAAACAAGAGACCGUGAUGCAAUCAUUUUGAAGCAAAUAUACGAGCCCAAUCCAGACGGAUCAUACGUAUAUAGUUAUGAAACAUCGAAUGGAAUAGCAGCUGAUCAAACCGGCUAUCUGAAAAAUCGCGGAACUAAUUUAGAAGCACAGGUUGUCCAAGGCUCUUACAGUUACACUGGACCAGACGGUAUUUUAUAUACUGUCAAUUAUAUUGCCGAUGAAAAUGGUUAUCGAGCCUCGGGGGCUCAUUUGCCAACCCCGCCAACUUUACCGCCUAGCUUCCGACAACAACCAGUUCGAUUCGGUUUUUAGAUGAGCCACACAACCACCGAACAGAGAGAAAAAAGCCAAUAACAACAUAACAUAUUUCUUUACUUUUGGAUAUCCUUUUUUUAAAAAAACCUCUUGUGAAUGAUGAAUCUAUUCAAAAUAAAUCGAACAAAAGACGAAUA